AUGGUCGGUCUUGGUCCUCGACGUCCUCCCUCCCGAAAGGGUACGUACACUGAAAUGCUAUCACUUGCUAUCUUAUGUUAUGACGUCCCCACGACCGAGAAACUCUAUAACUCGUUGUUUGGGAGCAUCAAUUCCUGCUGGCCACGAGCUGUUGCUUGUCCACGAAGAGGAAGCUCGCUCGGUGGGGCAGAGCCAGCAAAAAUGCGCCGCGAUGACGAUGUUUCUCCAUCCUCUGCAACAUUCCUGGUGACGAACCUUGGAGGCAAGACGAAGUCGUCUUCUAGAGUCACGACGGUGAAAAAAGCCGCCGUGCGAGAUCGAGAGCCAUCCUCAUUGGCUCUUGGGGCUCGGCCAAGAAUCGGCGACAACAAUGAUAAUCGAAUGUGCAUGCAACUAUGA